AUGCCAGCCGCCUCUUACGGGCUUUGGGGCCUCCGCAGCACAUGGUCAUCGUUCAAAAUGGAUGUUAUUGUGGCGAAUAUCCCCUACGACUGUUUCAGGAAAGAACAUCUUGAAAAGUAUGGCCACAAGCCCUAUACCAGUCUUUUCAUGACCAAGCGAUGGGGUUUGUCAAACUCCAUCACUGAAAACCAGAGAAACAAGGGCAUCGAAGAGCUGCAGGAAUAUUACAACUGGGUCCGUGACUUCAUAUUGACCCCCGGAGACAAUCAGAAUGCGAUUCUUCUCCCUCUAGGGCGCCGAGGGGCCAAUUAUCGGGACAAUUUUUCACAUCCAGGAGGUGAAUUUUCGGAGUCGGCCUACGACCCGAUUGACUUUUGUACUGUGCUUGGCCUACCUCAGGUCAUUAUCCCUAAACUAACUCAUGUGAUUCUACUCGGCCAAAAUCCCUACGAGUCUCGAGUCACCGACCAGACAGAGUAUGCACCAAUUGUUGCCUCCUUGGCCGGUCCGCGAGGAAGCGAUCUCAGUCUGCUUCGAACGGCGGAGAAAGGUUUGAAGGAGUCUGGUUGGCCAAUUGAGGUUCUCACAGGAAGGUACUCAUUUCUUGUUGGGGACAAUGAGCGGCAUGUCGGCUACAACGGAAGGCAGGGUUAA